UCCUGUUUACUUCCGCGAAGUGCAAAGUGCGAAGGAAUGCAUCGAUAGCUAUUUUAGCUACCCACCCUCGACUCCUGCCGCCGUUGAUGUCUUCCUAGACAGUCUUCCAUUUUCCUUCUAGAAGACAUGCGCGCAUUAAGUUGGCUGUACAGCCUGGGCGUCGCCUCUGCCUCCCAGCAGUUGCUGCCCGGUCCUGCGUCGCAGCCCGUAGCGCCGAGCCAAGACCCGUGGUAUUCGGCACCGAUCGGCUUUGAAGCCGCUACGCCCGGCACUAUCCUUCGGGUCCGCCAAGCGCCAGGAAACUUAACAACGGUCAUUAGCAGCGCCACCUCCGCGUACAAUAUCCUCUACCGCACCACAGACUCUCGCUACAAACCCUCCUGGGCCGUAACCACACUCUUCAUUCCAUCCACCUUCUAUACCGCUCCCUCCGGCAACAAGGCCCUAAUAUCCUAUCAAUUCGCCUACGACUCCGCAGCUCUAGACUCUAGCCCUUCUUAUGGCCUCUACUACGACCUCUCCCAGCCCGUCCCCAGCCUUGGCGUCCCAGCGGGCUCAGACCUCCUCGACUCCCUUCUCACAGAAGGUUGGCUAGUCAAUACUCCAGACUACGAAGGCCCAACCGCCGCCUUCGGCGCCAGCAUCCAAGCUGGCCACGCCACCCUCGAUUCUCUUCGCGCCGUGCUCAACCUCGCGGAGUUAAGUGGCCUUGGUAAAAUCGCCCUCGGAAUGUGGGGUUACAGCGGCGGCAGCAUCGCGACCGAAGCUGCUGCCGAGCUACAGGUGCAGUACGCGCCGGAGCUGAACAUCAGCGGCGCCGUUCUCGGGGGUCUAGUCGCUGAUUUUUCCACCGACUUCGAUUUGUUCAACGGGAGCGCGAUUGCGGGGGAUUUGGUUUCCGUCGUGUUGGGCGUCACGUCGCAGUACCCCGAGGCAAAGGCGUAUGUGGAGAGUCGGCUAGUGAAUUCGACGGCAGCGGAGUUCCUGGGCGCAAGGAACAUGACGUUGGGGCAGACGACGAAGUAUUUUAGCAUGAAGGAUAUUUAUGCGUAUUUUGUCGGCGGCGCGGUUGAUCUCCAGGCGGCGGUGUUGAGGAAGGUGUAUAAUGUUGAGAUGAAGCUUGGGUACCAUGGGGUCCCUGCCAUGCCGAUGUUCGUGUACAAGGCUAUUGGCGACGAGUACUGUCCUGUUGAAGAGACGGACGCGUUGGUGAAUAAGUACUGUGGUGUCGGUUCUGAUAUCACGUAUCAGAGGAACACGGUCGGAGGACACGUGGCGGAGAUUAUAAACGGGCAACCGAGGGCGAUAGAUUGGUUAAGGGGGAUCUUUAAUGAGACGUACACGCCAAAUGCGUUCGGGUGUUUAACUCGUGAUGUCACGGUCAAUUUAACUAGUUUAGCCACUUAAUAGAUAGAGCUUCCGAGUGUUGGGUAAUAGACAUUUUUCACCGAAA